AUUGUCCAAAUUUCGGAAAACCUGCCUUUCGGAAAUUAGAUUAUCACUUGUUAUUAAAUGUAGUCAAAAUCUAUAUUGUUUACGAUGGACUUUGAUUAUCCAGAGGGAGAUGGCUUUGAAAUAGUAAUGGAACGCGAUGAUGGGAUGAGUAGUUACGAUAUGGUAUUCACUAUAGUCUUUUGCUUAAUAUCUUUCUGCAUUAUCGCUCCUCCUGAAGAGUUUGUUGCAGCCGGUUUAACUAUACAAAAUAUCCUCGAUAGAUUUCUGGGAAGUGAAACCAUAAAUUUUAUCAAUUAUCACAUGAAAAGAAUAAGUAUAACUCUAGUAUGCCACAGUUCCGUUCCACUUAUCUAUUAUUUAAUGAUGGCUUGGAUUAAUCCCUUCAAAUUGCUGCAUAAACCCUGGGAGAUGCAUUUGUAUUGGAAAAUUUAUUUAAUGUUCUCUCUAUCAUUAUUAAUUUUGGUACUUAUUCUAGUUCGUUACUGGCAUAGUAAUGAGUUUGAAAAUCACCCUGUUGCCAAGAAAUUAAGGUUUUUAUCAGAAACUAGAGAUUGGAAAUCUGUUGCGUCAUCUGUAAACGUUGAAUUCCGACGAAUUGACAAAUUCACAUGUGGUCCAAGAAUACCUGGUAGACGGGUAAUUGUCACAGACUCAUGGGUCAUGAAAACGUCUACAUAUAACCUUGAUAUUGCCCAUCAAAACGAUAUCAAUUUAACUCUAACAGAAUCACAAAUACAUUCUAUGGGAAUAGAUAGCCUUAGAGAAUUACAAUUGUUAAUCAUCGAUGUUAAGCCUUCUAAUUCUAAUUUAAAAAGUUUCAAGCUACAUUUGAAAUCUACUGAUUAUAAAGACUUGAAUGAUAAAUUACAAAAGCCAGUAAGAAUGACGCAGAAUGUUGUAAUUCACCAAACCAUAAGCGAUAGAUUUUUAAGUACAUUUAGACAAGAAAUUUUGAGUCAUGAUAAAUACGAAGUUCCCAAUAACAUUGAGGUGGAUCAAUGUCUUGGAUGCAUGAGAAGUCGAGCUAAUAUUAAAAUAUUAAAAGCUUGCGAUGAUGCGGAUAAUUGCGCCCAAUGCUUUUGCAGGCCUAUGUGGUGUUUGGAUUGUAUGGGUAAAUGGUGGGCAUCUAGGCAAGAUCAGUCUAGAACUGACACUUGGCUGUCUUCCAAAUGCCCUUGCCCCACUUGUAGGGCUCCUUGUUGUAUUUUGGAUAUUCAUUUGCUAAAACAUCACCCUGAAUAA